GUCUCGUUUUUGCUAGUGUCCUUACGCCGCUAGCUCAGACUCGACCCUUGCCACGCCAUGCUUCGGAAGCCCUCUUCGCGUCACACGCUCAAUCGCAUGGUCACGGUUUCCGGAGGGGUCCUGUGAGAUCGAGACCCCCUCAGCAGAGAUGCGAUGCAGAGCAUCGAAUAAGCCGCCACGACGACUCAUUGCCUUUAUCGUUGCGAGUUGCAGCUCCACGCAACACUCCACUACGCCACCGCGCUGCGCCAGUUCGUCGCGUGCAUUGUGCGUUGCGAACAAGCACGCGCAAAGACAGCAUCAGCAGAAGCCAUUGAAUUGCGCGACGUCGUGGUGCGCAUAGAUCAAGCAAAAUGUCGACGACCACGGUCCUCACGACCGAGAAGCCGAGGCAGUGGCUCGCGCGGCUCCGAGUUGGCAAGCGCGACGACGACUACAUUCCCGAAAGGCUGAAGCACGCGGCCCGGCCCGCGACCAAACCGGACCGCACGCUCCAACUGGUCUUCGCGCUCGGGGUGCUCGUCCCUUUUCUCGCGUUCGCGUUUCUCGACCCGGCGGGCGCCCGGGACGCGUUUGCGCUGCAGUAUGCGACACUAGCACAGCUCCCUUCCUACAUCAUGACAGGGCCGUUCGUCGCCGCGGUUUUGUGUCUCUGCGUCGAGCGUGUUUGUUAUACGCUCGUCUGGUGCUGCCCGAAGGCCUUCGCCGAGUUCUGCUCAAAGCAUAACUUGGGGGCGCCCGUCGACGUCAUCGUGCGAUUAUUCGGCGUGAACAAGUUCUUCCAACUGCUGGGCUUCGCGCACCUAUAUCUGUUGGGCGGGCUCGCGCCGCCGUCGUCAUUGUUCGCGCUCGGCGUCGGCGCGACUCUGGUAGUGUGGGGCCAGGCGCUCAACGUAGGCAUCUACCGCGCGAUCGGCAAGGCGGGGGUCUACUACGGCUACAAGUUCGGCGUCGCCGUGCCGUGGUGCACGGGCUUCCCCUUCACGCUCGGCCUCGCGCACCCGCAGUACCUCGGGUCCGCGGCGACGGCGUACGGGUGCGUGCUGCUCUCGCUGACGGCGGCCCACGUCCCGGGCGGCUACGGCGGCCUCGCGCACGCCCAGGCGCUCCUCUACGCCUACAUGGCCUACGUCGAGCACAACCUCUGAUGAUGGACUGCGUGUCCUCCGUCCUCGAAAUCUAAUUGUUUAUUUAUUCUCGA